AUGAAAGCCUGCACACUGAGACAGAACCAAGACCUUACCUAUUAUGCAACACGUUCCACAAGCCUGGCCAAUUUCAAAGUACAUUAUGGAGGGCUGAAGGGAAAUACCUCUCCACAGAUGGGGGUGGAGAGCCCCAGCCACCCAGGGCUCAAUUUUCCCAUCACCGUCCUCCCUGCCACAGCCACCCUCGGGUUCAGCCAUGGUGGCGGCUGCAGAUCAGCCCCAGCCGCGCGGCCCAAAGAGAUGUUCCUGAAAGAUCUGCAAAGCUCCAGUUCUCCGACGAGCCUGCAAAAAUCAUCCGGGAAGGCGCUGUUUAACCUGAGUUGUGGCCACCUAAAUCUUGCUGAAAAGGAGUAUUUCGGAUUAGAGUUCUGUAGCCAUUCUGGAAACAAUGUCUGGUUGGAACUACUGAAACCCAUUACAAAGCAAGUAAAAAUGGACCCUGGACAUCUUCGAGAAGAGCUUACAAGGUAUCUUUUUACUCUUCAAAUAAAGAAGGAUUUGGCUCUAGGAAGGCUUCCAUGCAGUGAGAACUGUACAGCAUUGAUGGUAUCUCACAUCCUACAAUCAGAACUGGGAGACUUUCAUGAAGAAACAGCUAAGAAACAUCUGGCACAGACCCGGUACUUACCAAACCAAGACUGUUUAGAGAGCAAGAUCAUGCAAUUUCAUCAGAAGCACACUGGCAGGAGCCCAGCUGAAUCUGACAUUCUGCUACUGGAUAUAGCGAGGAAGCUUGAUAUGUAUGGCAUCAGGCCCCACCCCGCCAGUGACGGCGAAGGGAUGCAGAUCCACCUGGCUGUUGCUCACAUGGGAGUACUGGUGUUACGGGGAAAUACAAAGAUCAAUACUUUCAACUGGGCUAAAAUCCGCAAGUUGAGUUUUAAGAGAAAGCAUUUUCUCAUCAAACUUCAUGCCAACAUCUUGGUGUUGUGCAAGGACACCUUGGAGUUCACCAUGGCCAGCCGAGAUGCCUGCAAGGCUUUCUGGAAGACCUGUGUGGAGUACCAUGCUUUCUUCAGACUUUCUGAAGAGCCCAAAUCAAAGCCCAAAACACUACUGUGCAGCAAGGGUUCCAGUUUCCGCUAUAGCGGAAGAACCCAACGGCAGCUUUUGGAAUAUGGAAAGAAAGGGAGGUUGAGGAGCUUACCAUUUGAAAGGAAACAUUACCCAUCUCAGUACCAUGAACGACAGUGCAGGUCCUCACCGGACCUCCUCUCUGAUGUGUCAAAACAAGUGGAAGAUUUGAGGCUAGCAUAUGGCGGUGGGUACUACCGAAAUGUGAAUGGAGUGCACGCGUCAGAGCCAGUGCUAGACAGCAGGAGGAGAAACUCAGCGGUGGAGGUGACAUUUGCCGCCGAGCUGGAGUGUUCCAAACCAGAGGUGGAUCCGACACUGCUACAUCAGUCCCAGAGCAGUUCCUCUUUCCCUUUUAUUUAUACAGACCCUGUCUUUAGUACUGACCCAGAUCCCAGAGACUACUUUGGGGAAAGGAGUCCUCUGAGCUCCUUCCAACCAAGCUCUAAGUUUGCUGACAAUCUCAUGAGCACAUCUUCUGGCCUUGCAAGCAAAGUGAGUCCAGCAAGGCAGCUAACGUACACAGAUGUGCCCUAUAUCCCUUGUACUGGUCAGCAGGUCGACAUUAUGCCUCCUCAAGUCUUUUUUUAUGUGGACAGACCACCCCAGGUGCCCAGACGGUCUCCAAUCAUGGCAGAGGAAAAUGACAGGCCAGACAGCUGUUUGGAGUCCACUAUAAUGAAGCCAGCCAAAAGAAGCCCAAGGAAUGUCAGAAUGAAGAGCUUCCAGCAAGACUUUCAAGAACUCCAAGAAGCCAUGGCCAGGACUACUGGUAGGAGCAACAUCAACGUAGAUCUGGAGGUGGAAGAGCCAAAUUCAGAAGAUGCAUUUGCAUAUAGCAUUCAAGAGCAAACCCCGAAACGAUCCCAGAGCCAAUCAGACAUGAAAACUAUCCGUUUUCCUUUUGGGUCUGAGUAUAGACCUUUAGGGCCUUGUCCUACUCUGAGUCGUAAAGCUGACCUUUUUACAUAUAUGUUUGCAGAGCAGGGGUUUCCAACAGUUUUAACGGAUCAGGGAGCAGCAGAAAGGUACAUAGGUAGUGAAUCCAGUGAUUCAGAAUCGGAAAUUCUUAAACCAGACUACUACUCUUUGUAUGGCAAAGGAACACGGUCGCCCAUGGCCAGAAUCCGCUUAUCUUCUGGCAGUCUACAGCUCGAUGAGGAGGAUGAAGGUGUUUCUUUCAAUACACCAACUGCUGAAGACAGGACUUUGCUAAAACCAUGUAAUUACUUUGUAGCUUAAAAAUGUGAACUCGGAACAUUUCUGGGCCAGUAUCAUGUUGCUAACUUGGGUAAAAAAGAAGGAAUCUUGGGCACAAAUAAUUUUCUUAGUUACUAUUCAUUGGUAUUAAGGAGAUCUCCUACGUUUGGGCACCUAGCUUAUGAAAGAUCCAGCUGCUGCCUUGUUCCUCAAACUCCCCUCUUCAGUUUCCUCUGAAGAGACUCUGGAACAUACCCUCUUCUCAAAAGCACUGUGGUGGGGCAAGGUGGCUAUUUGUCAUCUCCAUUAUACUUUUCCUACAGAGACAUUAUCUAUGAACUUCAGGCUCUGGAACACUGAAUAAUGGUAACAGUAUGAAUUGGCAUGACACUGGCCUCUGAUGUCCUUUAGUGAUUUAGAUUGUGACUCUGUUGGUCAUUUUGUUUUUAAAUCAUACUGUGACUAAAGGUUCCAGUAAAAAUGGCCCUGUUAUGUGUUAAAGACUUCAAUUUUUAUAACAUAUAUUAGGGGAAGCAUGGCCCUCCUGUACCUCAGGAAGGAGAUGGUGGCAUAGAUCCUCUCAUCAGAAUACAAGUUUAUAAUGCAUCUAGGACUUGGAAGAAUUCUGAACCCUGGAAAUUCGUGAAUUAAUCAAUGUCUUAUGCUAGGAUAUAUGCCUGAUGAAGAUAUGAUGUUGACUUCUCUACUCUUAACUAUGUAUGUUUGACAGAAGUUAACUUAUUAGUUUAUCUACUUUCUCCUGUAAGACUUUUUCCUCCAUAUCUUGUUGCAUGUAUGUAGGAAAGGAGAUGAGAUGAAUAGUAUUUUUAUAAAGAGUUAUUGAGGGACACCUGGGUGGCUCAGUGGUUGAGUGCAUCUGCCUUUGGCUCAGGGCAUGA